AUAUGUUUUGCCAAAAGAGGCGUAACAGUCGCGACAACGAGGUCGCUACAAUACCAAAAUGUAACAUAUAGUAUACAAAUGGUGGUACUGAAUGUUAUCAUGGGUUGUUCGAAUGUUUGAUAGUACAUAUGAUUUCAAUAAGUUUUUCACGAUUAUAAAAUUAUAAAUAAUGGCCGAAAAGGAAAGUGAUAGUACGACAAGUGAAGUUGUGAAAACCGAAGAUUUAACUGAUAACACAGGAAAUGAAGAAGCACCAACAAGUUUGGAAACUAUAGCACAAGAUACUAAUACUACUCGAAAUGGUGGUCCUCCAGUUACUUCAAAGGACAAAGAGAAAAUUGAUAUCUUAUUAAAAGCAACUGGCAACGCACCUAUCAUGAAACAGAAAAAAUGGUCCGUUAAUCAGGAUAAUCAAAUUGGAAAGAUUUCAGAUUUUAUAAGGAAGUAUCUCAAAUUAGAAUCCUCUGAAAGAUUAUUUCUUUAUGUAAAUCAAACUUUUGCACCAGCACCAGAUCAAACAGUAAAAAAUUUAUACGAUUGUUACGGUGCUGAUGGGAAAUUAAUCAUUCAUUAUUGCAAAAGUCCAGCAUGGGGUUAACUGUGAUCAUUCUUUGAUGCUUAAGCAUCGUAUGGUAUCAUUUUAUUAACGAGACGCACGGCGUUGGCUAGACGAAGCAGAUUUCGCUGUUUCAAUUGGCUUUACCGAGCUACGUUUUGUACUAAGCAAUGAUUUCGUUUCCGUAAUAUUUUUCGCGCAAUGACAACCACCCGAAGAUACUUCAAUUGGAUUUUGUACCUUUAAAGAUUUUACCUGCAAUAUGGGAUACUUGUUAAGUCGUAUAUCAGACGGAACGAUCGUUGUGCUUAGAUAAAAUCAAAUUCGACGUUUCAAUAGAAUCAAUUGCUUUUUAUACCAACCGACGUUGUAUCCUUGUCUUUGAUGCACGAGCAAACUGGUGAAGGUAUACCAGCUGGAUCACGUGUACAUGGCUGUGGCUGAUCAUCGCCUGUGAUACAUUGAAUUUGAUAAAAUUAUUUAUUCACGAAGAAUUCCUCUGGCUUAACAGUUGCUGUACGUGCAGUCGAUGAUUUUGAUUUGACGGAUGGCGUUUUCACACGUGCCAUUGUAAAUGGGGAUUUCCAAAUGAUGAUAGCACCAUCGGCGCUCACCGAUACCAUAUGUUCGCCGUUGGGGCUAAAUUUACAUGAUGUUAUUAUCGCUGCAUGACCUAUGCCAAUAUGCGUGACAUUGGCCGUAUGAUAUUCCCAGAGCUUAACAAUGCAAUCGUUCGAGCCGGUGACGAAGUAUUGUCCAUCAGGACUAAUGUCUAUGCAAUUCAAUGAUCCUGAGGUAGAGCCCUCGAUUUCACGAACCAACGAAGCAUCCCACGUUUCCCAAUAGCCAAUCUUACGAUCUGUACCGCAAGUUAAGAUUUGUAUGCUAUUGGGACUGAAGCAUGCGGCCAUAUACAUCGUAUUACCCAUUAAAACCUGCUUCCUCGCGCAACGUCUGUUGAUUAACAAUUGUCAAUCAAUUUGUCGCAUCUCUCGAUAAAAAAUGUAAUAAUGUAAAUAGUUAAUCAAUACUUACAUUACGUCCCAUAUUAUACAAGUACCAUCCGUACUCGAACUAAUCAAAUCCUCGUUAUUAGAGGAUAUACACAAUGAUGUUACGGGUCCUCUAUGUUCUUUCAAAAUUGAGACAAGUCGUUGUACAUCAGGUUUUAUGUCCCAUAUACGCACCUACAAAUGAUGACAUAUUGAUCAUAUCGAAAAAGUUUAAAGAAGAAGAAAAAGAAGAAUGAGAAUGAAACAAGAAUAUGAUGAAUGUAUAAAAUAUAAAUGACCUGUCCAUCGCAACCCCCGCUGAUUAAUCUUUUCCCGUCUGCCGUUAUCACGACUGCCGAUACAGCUUUUAUAUGAGCAUUAUGGAUAGUGAAGAUAAGUUUACCUCUUUGCGGUGUAAACGCUCUUACAAUACCAUCAUUCCAUGCUGCAAUGUUCAAUAAAUAGAAGAAAACUAUUGUUAAUUAGAAAA